UGUUUGGAGGAGUAGUUCCUGUUUCAAAGUCCAGCUGAAGGUUGGAGCAGUCAGGGUGCAGAGGCUGUCAUAUGUGUACGGCUGAAGCUAAAAUGUUCGGAAGAAACUCACAGAGUUAGAGUGUAUUUUCUAGGAGUUUUUGCGGCAUUGUGUGUGAUCGGACAUGCAGCAGUCUGUGGAGUCUCUGGUCCGAGUUCUGGAGUCCUACAGAGGAAGAGAUAAAAUUAUCAGGACUGUCUGUUAUGGCUCUCAGCUGGUCGGAGGAGCUCUUACACAGAAAGCAGAAGCCGAUGCGUCCUCUCAGCGACUUGGGAAAAGUUUACUACUGUUUUCUGCUCAGCUCAGCCACUGCAGGACGGUGCUGAGGCUGUUUGACGAUCUCUCUAUGCUGGCAUACUCCCACAGCUAUGGAUUUGGUACUUCGGAGGAGGAUGCAGGCAUUCGCUGGAUAUCGGUGCUGACGAACGUGGCUGACCAGCUUUACUAUCCAUGUGAACACAUUGCCUGGGCCGCAGACGCUGAGCUCAUUAAAGUGAGGUCUGAUAAGUGGUGGUUGUUCAGCACGGUGCUGUGGGGAACCUCGCUGUUGCUGGGGAUCUUCAGAUCCCUUCGCGUUCUGCUGUUGCUGAGGAGGAAGCUGAAGAAACAGGAGAGGGCCGAAGGAGGCAGCAGACGAUCUCACCACAGCAUGGAGAUACGAGCGGAGCUGCUCUCCAUCCUCAGCAGCGUGGCUGACAUCAGUAACGCCAUUCAUUGGAUGCCACCAGGCUUCCUGUGGGCAGGACGAUUCCCCAGCUGGCUGGUGGGCUUGCUGGGAACCACCUCCUCGCUAAUUGGUUUGAUUCAGAUGAAUACCAGCAGCAGUGAGCUCUCAGACAGUACAGUGAUGUCUUCACAAUGAGAAGGAGAUAUUAAUUGAAUGGAUUAUCGGUACUGGUGGAAGGAAGUCCUUGCAGAACUUUGAUUUGAACAGAUCAUCUAUUUAGAUUAUUUUCUGUCUCAGUGGGCUCCUAAAGCUACAAUCUUCUGGACUGCUUUCUGUAGAUGAACAAAUAUAACACCUCUGUUAUCCAUGUUUUUGAAAUUGGGGGAUUAGCCUUCCUUUAAAUACAUUGUAAAAUUUCAGUUAAGUUAAACUAGCAUUUAAAAAAAUUAUUUUUGCUUAUCUAUUUGAUUAAUUUUGUUAGUUUGUUUUUUAAUUGGUGUCAUUACAUCAGAUUUGAAUGUCAUUUCAGUGAAGUGUAGGGAGAUAGUGUAUUUCUUUCUAUCUUUUUAUCUUUUACUAAUUAAAUUUUUUUAUUGUGUGCCAAGCAAACUUAUUUCAAGUUUGUAAGUGACAAGAUUCUUUCGUAUUUCAUUCAUAACAUUAACGUUAAUGUUAAUCUGGUCUAGCCACCCUAGAAGAGUGUUGUACAUACAACUACAUUUCUGACAUUAGUGUGCAGUUAAAAGAUUGCACCCUUCUCGACACACUUCUUGAAUUGCAACAUUAACUGUGAAUAUACACAAAAAGACACAGAAUCAUACUCAACACAUAAGGCCUUCAUUUUCCCUGCUUUAGAAUUUAUGCAAUGAUUUUGUGAGCAAAUUUGUUGGCCUAUUUGUAAAACUCAACAAAUAGCUUAAAAAUGUUAAUAAAGUAUUUUCACAAGGUAUUUAAUUGCUUCAAAGUCCAAAUAAAAUAUGCUGUCAUAAUCAA